UAAACCAACCAACACAAGAAACAGACAUCCAUUCCUCACUCUGUUCUUUCCUUACAUAACAGAAAUACUCUUUCUCUCUCUCUUUCAAAACAAAACCAUGAAUGUCUUCGACAACGAUCACGAUGAAGAAACAUUUGGUCAAUACCAUAGCAACGUGAACAGAACAAUAUUGUACGUGUCCAUGGUUUCCUUCGCAAUGGUCUUGUUCCUCGUCUUCGUUCUCUACCUCUACGCCCGGUGCGUCCUAAGGGGCAGGUCCCGCCACCGCGCCGCCAUCCGCCGCCUCACCAUCGCCGCGCUUCACGUCUCUGACCUCGACGCCGUCGCCGCCACACACCGCCACGCCGAACCACCAAACUCGGGGCUCGACCCUGCCAUCAUAGCGUCACUGCCAACCUUCGCCGUCAAGGCAAAGGUUUUAGAAGGUGGUUGCAGUGGCGCUACGGUGGUGGAGUGUGCCGUGUGCUUGAGUGCUCUAGAAGGCGAAGAAAAAGCCAAGUUGCUUCCGAAUUGUAACCACUUUUUUCACGUGGAUUGCAUUGACACGUGGCUGGAUUCCCACUCCACGUGUCCUCUUUGUCGAGCCGAGGUCAAACCUCGGCUCGAACCACAGGACCGCGAGGGUCCUGUUGGUCUUGCUAUCGAUGGUGCACCUCCACUUGGUGUAGGUGUUGAUGGUGGUGGUGAAUCAUCCAAAAUUAAUGGUUCUAAUUCGCGGAUAAGCUCGUUUAGAAGGAUUCUCAGUAGGGAAAGAUCUUCAAGAAGAAUCCAACCCUCUGGCUAUGAUGAUGAGGAUGGUGGUGUUGAUCAAGAUUUGGAAAGACAGUGAUUUUUUUUUUUUUUUAAUUUGCCGUUGUUAGUUUUCUCAUUGAUGAACAUAGAAGGGAGGUUAGUUGCUGGCUAUGGUUUGGAGAGAUGUUUGUUCAAUACAAAUUGGAAUUUCUAUCUUAGGUAAUAGAAAUGUAUAUUAGAAAUCUGUUUAAGUUACUAAGGUAAAUCUUCUAUUUUUAAUUGAAUAACAACAAAAAUAUUUACAGAA